UCCACCCUCCUUGACUGGCUGGGCUUGUUAGAGCUCACGCCCGUACCUGUUGGUUUACUGAGACACCUGUCAGCAACGAAAGACAUUUCUUUUUCUCACACCGGCCACACUCAGCUGUGUGGACAUCGCCUUGUUGGACAUUAGGUUAGAACAGGCCGUCUGUAGGGGAAAGAACAGAGAUCCCACCAGGAGAAACAUGUCAAACGCUGGAGACCGAGCAGCUGUGCUUCGCACCACCAAAGUACGAACAAAGCUGAAGGGAGAUGGCAGCUGGCUGCAGCAAAGAAACGAACCCGAGCCUGAAACUCAGGAGGAGGAGAAGCCAUGGUUGGCAGAAGUUAGAGCCAGGCGACUGAACGGAGCUCCCAUUGAAACAAGUCCAGUGUCUUCACCAGUAAAAUCCACCCCCCCACCAGUAAACUCUGACAGCGAGAGUAAACCGGCAACACAAGGAUACCUCAUCAGGGGUGUUUUUACUAAACUAGACAAGCCUGUUUCAACUGCGCCCUCUAAUGGCACCAGCAAACCGAAAAUUUUCACUAAAAAGCCCUCAGAGGCCUACAGGAAAAUAGCCCCUCAUAUAGUGAGAAACACCUCUGAAAACCCAGAAGGCCAGCUUAGUCCUGAAGAACAGGAGAAACGGACGGAGGCCGCCAUUAGUGUUAUGAAGCCAAAAGCAGCCAAACAGCGGUCCUACGUUCUGUCUGCUGCUAAACUAUACGAGGCUAAAGAGACAUCACCUGACACAUCUUUAACCACCAACAUUCCUUCAUUUGUGGCCAAAAGAGUGGAGGUUGUUGAUGAUGAAAGCGAAGGUGCUGUUACUCCAGCACCUGCCAACACAGAGGCACCCUCCCCUGCUGUUCCUCCCACAUCUGCUGCCUCUGCUCCUACACCCAAAGCCCGGACCGCAGUCAACAACACUGUGAAGAAAUCUGAUAUAAAUCAGGCUCUAAAUCCAAAGGCAACGGAGCCCAGUUCUGAGCCUGUGAAAAAAGAACCCCUUUCUCAGUCCGAGCAAGUUGGAGAUGAGGCAACAAACGCCGCUGGCCAGGCGCUCACUGACUUUGUCUCCACAGAACCACAACCUGAGGAUAAAACUCCACUGUUCAAACUUUUCCCUGCAUCAAAAACCUCCCCUGCCCAGAAUUCAGUUGGUUUAGAGUCUCCUGCCUCAACUGUCACAGAACCGCCAGUUCCAGUACCACGGUCAGCUCCUACUGCAGCUUCUCCUGCUCCUGUGGCACUGGUCCCUACAGACCCUGUGACUGAACUUUUGGUGAAGACUAAACCUGAACCUGAACCAGAGAAAGAACAAGAACCCCUAGAUAAAUUUGUAGCUGCAGUUGUUACUGAAGCAGAACCUGAAGUUGAACAAAAGCCUGAGCCAGAGGUUAAAGUUGAAGCUGAACAGAAGCAAGAACUAGAACCAGAGAAAGAACAAGAACCCCUAUAUAAAUUUGAAACUGCAGUUGUUUCUGAAGCAGAAACAGAACCUGAAGUUGAACAAAAGCCUGAGCCAGAGGUUAAAGUUGAAGCUGAACAGAAGCAAGAACCAGAACCAGAGGAGCAAUCAGAGCCCCAAGAUGAAACUCCAGCUGAAAUUGAACUAGAAGCUGUGUCAGCGGUUAAAGUUGAAACAGAAGUAGAGCCUGAACCAGAAUCUAGUCCAGAACUACAACUAGAGCCUGAGCCAUUUGCAGAACCAAGCUCCAGUUCUGACACGCUUGCUGCUUUGUCCGAUACCCUCCUUUCUUUGGACACAAAGAACAGCAGCACUGAUUACAACAAGCCAGAUCUGGCAGAGGAAGAAGGAGGCCCAGCGGACAGUCCCACCCCAGAGGACAGUGCUGAACAGGAGCCAACACUCAGAGAUAGCGAACCGAUAACAGGAGAUCUCCUGGGUUUCAGUGAUGGCCCUGAAGAACCAGCAGAGCCUGUUCCAUCCAGCCCGGGACGCUGGAGUCUGGAUCUGCUUGGCGGACUUGGCAGUGAGUCCAGUCCUGUGAAGACAUCUGAAACCCUGGAUCUUAUGGCAGAUGAUGUCAUUAUGGUGCACACAGAGGCACGGAGCCUCAGCAUGCCGCAGCAGGAGGAGGAGCAGACGGAUGAGACAGCCGUGGAAACACAAAGCCAAGAGGACCAUGGUGAUACAUCAAGCCCAGAUGUUACAACUACAGUCCCAGAAUCAAGCUCGGCUGAUCCGUUUGAUCCAUAUCCGAUGGGGACCGCAUCCCAUAACAGCCCCUCUGACCUGCUUGAGCCCAUCGCUGAUGUUUCCAUCAACAGCUCUGCAACACCAGAGGAGGAGACGAAAAGCACAAAUCCAGAAAUGACUUCACCUACAGCUAACAUUUCUCAGCGGUCCUGGAUGACCGAAUGGGAAAUCCUUCAGCAGACUAACACAGAGGAAAGUCAAGAACCGGAGAAAGAGGACCAGGCAGAAAAUCAAGAGACACUGAUCAUGUUUGAAAAGAAAUCCUCUGAGAAUGACUCACCAUGGGAUAGAUGGACAUCGCCCACUGUUUAUACCGUCUCGACAGGAGAGGAGGAUGAGGAGGAGGAGGAAGACAGCCCUGAGGAACCUCAGACAAUCACCGUUACCACUGUCAGGGAGAUACAAAAUGAGCCGGAGCCCGCUAUGGAUCAGUCAGCGAGGUACUCCACGGCUGCAGCAGAGGAGGAACGACGGGUUCCAACACCCGAAACGGAUACCAAAAAGCCUUUUGUGUAUGUGCGGGAAUAUGUCGAUUCCACCAGCGAGACGUCUGUGCUAAAUCCCAUGGACACCCUCAACAGUUGGUCAGAUGAUUAUUCAUCAAGAUACAGUCUUUCCAGCAGCUCUAGGGUCUCGCUGUCGUCCAACUGCACGUACUGCGGAAAUAAGGUGGGCAACGAGGCCAAGAUCACCAUCGAGCACCUAAGUAUAAACUGCCACCCUGAGUGCUUCAAGUGUGGUGUGUGUAGUAGACCCAUGGGAGACCUUCUUGCCAACAUGUUCCUGCACAACAGGAAGGUCCACUGCGAGAGCUGCUACGCCGCCGUCGUUUAAUCCUUCGAGCUUUUCAUCACUUCCUUAUCCUCGCACCCCUUUCUUCAUGUUAAUAUUCAUAAGUUGGGAAUCAUCUCAAGUUUGCACGAAUAUAUUUCAUAAUAACACAUCUGUAAGUCAUUAAACAUUAGAAACAAUCCAUUAUUUAGGGGGAGAAACGUGUUUGUGUGUCAGUUUAUAAUGAAGGAUGUGUUUUUUAUGCGUUUCUUUUUUAAUGUUUGGACUCAGGUUGUCAUGUGCUUGAAUACUAAUUCAACAACAGAAGAUGCACUGUUAAAAAACAUUCAUUUAUUUGACUUUUCUUCAUACAAAAUAGUUGAUAUGUACAAUAAAUUGCUAGCAAAAUAAAAUGCUUUACAAAA